GUUGACGUGACCUAUCAUAAUAUUUUAUUUGUUAUUUAUCCAUGACCUGGCCCGUCACUGACGACAGACGUUUUACGUAACAGAUCAAUCCCCGUCGGCCCGUAAACGUUAACCUUUUUUACCGCGAAAAGACAAUAAUUAUUAUUGUAAUUUUGGCGGUGUGUUCAGUGUUGUUCACCGUUUAUGUAUAUGAAAUUACGAACUCAAGUAUCUAACGAAAACACACAGUAGACCGCGUAGACUACGUAGCCUGACGGUACCGUCUGUUCGUCCAUCCGUCGUACAACACCCUCCCGACGCGUCCCAUCCGCCGAGGACAGUGAAACUCGUCUCGUAGAUUGUCAACUGCGGAGUGCGGGCGGCACAGCAGAGUUUUUCUCGCCGCGGACCAACGGAUGUCGGAUUUCUGGCGCCAUCGCUGCGACAGAAAAUAAUAUUACCGAUUAAAAAGUGUAUUUUAAAAUAAUGCAAUUGAGUGGAAUUGUCUUUUUAUAAAAUUUACAAGAAAAAACCUGCAUUUACAAUGGUAAAUAUGGAUGAACCUCCAUUUCUUUCUGUUGGAACAGAAGUCAGUGCCAAAUUUAAAGGAGCCUUUUGUGAAGCGAAAAUAAGAAAAAUAUCAAAAUCUGUAAAAUGCAAAGUUCAAUAUUCUAAUGGGAUAUCAACAUUUAUCACAGAUGAUGCAGUGAAAGGACAAUUAAAGGUGGGAGCUACUGUUAAUAUCAAAUGUAGUGAUAAAAAAGAACUAGUUCCAGCAACAAUUCAAAAAAUUCAAGAUUUUAGUGAAUACACUGUUGUUUUUAAUGAUGGCGAUAUUAAAUGCUUAAAAAGAACAGCUAUUUGCUUGAAAAGUGGAAAAUACUUUUCUAAUAGUGCUACUCCUCUAAGAACCACUAUAAUUGAAAGUUGUAGAGUUCAAACACAUAAAAAGAGUAUCGGGGAAAGUGGUGAAGAAGAAGCUUUAGCAAUGGAGAAAAAAGAUGAACUCCCACCACACUGGGAUAAAGAUUCAUUAUUUGAUGCUCAUAAAAUGUGUAUUUCUACAGAUUGUGAACCAAUUGAUAGCGAUAAUUCUGAUAAAGAAUCAAUUGAACAAAAAGAUCAUUUGGUCGCACUGCUGUUCAAAUUUAUGGAUGACCGAGGUACUCCUAUUAAUCAAGCUCCAGUGAUUAAUGAGAAAGAUGUUGAUCUAUAUAAACUAUUUAAGGUUGUCAAUAAUUGUGGUGGGUAUAACAAGGUAAAUAAACAUAAACUAUGGGAGUUUAUUGCUUAUAAAGCUGGACAUGAAAAAGAGUCAUAUAUUUCUGUUAAACGUUGUUAUGAACAAUAUUUACAUAAUUUUGAGGAUUUUUAUCGAAAACUUGGAUGUACCAUGAUGAGUCAUCCAAUAGGAGAAAGAUCGCGCAGCAGAUUUAGUCGCAGCAUUAUUAGGAACGUUUAUAAGGCGUUGCCUAGCACCUCAUGUGCAACUGAUAAAAUUAAAUGUGCAAAAAAUGAAUUGAACGAUAAAAAAAACUAUAAUUCUGAUGUAAUUAAAAAAACAGCCAAAGCUAUUAAAGCUGAAGAAAAACGUGUGAAGAAUAAUGAAGAAACUUCAAAGAAAGGUGAUAAAAAAAAAGAAGAUAUUGCUAAUAGUAUAUCACGUAAUAGACCAUCAGUGAAAAGGAAUCCCGAAAUAACAGAAACAAAAGAUCCAGUUAGAAAUUCUAAAACAAAAAAAGAAUUGGAAGAAAUCCUAAAAAAGGAGAUAAAAAAAGAGAUAGAUUCUGAAGCAGUAGAUGAUCAAAUCAUUGAAGAUAAAAAAUUAGAAAAAAAUAUAUAUAUGAGAAAUUUAUUUGGAAAAUCAAUGCAAAAAAUUAUUAAAAAAGAAAAAGUUGUAAAAGAAAAAUCUGCAAAUACUGGGUUACCAGGUAUGAGAAAAUUGAGAGGUAUCAAAGAACAAAUUAAAACCGUUGUUAAAGAAAUUAUUACUCCAUUCAAAAAAUCUAAUAGAAGAGUUUCUCAUACCCAGCAAGAUGCUUCAAAUAAUGAAAAUCUUGAUGGAGAAAUAUUAAAAUUUACACAAUCAAAAACUAAAGAAGAAUUACCUACUAAAUCAAGAAGAGUGUCAGUAUUAAGUAAUCUCGGUGACAGUGUUUCUGUUGUACAACUUACACAGCCUGGGCUUCUUGUUGAAAAUCUAAUUAAAAUUAAAAAAGAGGAUGGAUCUGAAAAGAAGAAAACUGGAAGAAAGAAAAAGGAUGAUAAAGAGGAGAAAGUUAUUUCAAACGAUAUAAUUCUUACACCCGUUAAUAUUGAGAAUGUACCAUUUGAUAAAGACACACCAGUGGUCGUUGGAGAUAAUUUAGUAGUAUACUAUGGAAAUAAAGAAGCAUUAACUUAUGAAGCAAAAGUUAUUAGUGUGUGUGAUAUUGAAGGUGUAAAGAAAUAUUACGUACAUUAUAAAGGAUGGAAUUCACGUUAUGAUGAAUGGAUAGAUGUAAUGCGUAUUGCUUAUAAAACUAAGGACCCGGAACCAGGACUUGAAGUAGAUAUUGCGGAUUCUUCAAAAAGUAGUCCUCCAGAACAAAAAAAUGUGGAUCUAAAAAAAGUACCGCCAACAAGUAGUAGAACCAGCAGUUCAGUUACUCCACUUAGACCAAAUUCAAAUGUGAAGAAAUCACCUUUUAGCAGUGCUCGACCUACUAGAGCAUGUACUUUGACCGAUCGUCCAUUAUAUAAUAUUGAUAAUUCCGAUUUGGAAGGAGAAUUCAUAGUAAGUGAAGGAUCAUCCAAACAGUACAGUAGGAAAAAAGUCAUAAAAUUAGAACCAGGUGUUAUUAUAAAAACUGAGCCAUUAGAUACUGAUGACCAGAAAAAGACUCAAUAUCCAAGGAUAUAUCCUAGUAAAAAAGUACUUAUGCAGCGAAGUGCACAUUUAAAACCAAAGUCAAGUGUGUUUAAAGUUCAAAGCAAUAAAUUUAAAGAAGUUGAUAUAUGUAAGCAAGCACUUAAACAGCCAUUUCAACCACCAAGUUAUAGUAUAAAGCCAAAUGCAGAUAAUGAAAAUGUAGAAGCACAGAAUGAAAAUAAAAUAGAUGGUAUACAAAUUGAACUAAAAAUUGCUCCAAACCAUUGUUUGUCACCAAAAGUAAAAUCUAGAAAAAAAUAGAUCUAGAGUAUUUUUUUGAAUCUUCAAAAUAGUGGAAAUGGAGAAAACAGAAUUAAAUCUGAGCCGUUCAUAAUUCCUACAAAGUCGGAAAAUUCAAGUAUCAUCUAUUGCCCAUCGUCAUUUCAAGAUGAAGAACAAAAUCAAUU